AUGGCUGAUGAUAUCUUGACAAGUGGGUCAAACGUGCCUUCCAAGUCUUCCAAGAGAACAAGAGACAAACAAACAACAAACAACAAGAGAAAAGUUGACUCUGAAAACAGAGCCUUUCAAAACCGAUGGGAGGUUGAGUAUAUGUUUACUGACAUUGCAGGUAAACCCGUGUGUCUUCUUUGUGGAGCUAAUGUGGCCGUAAUUAAGGAAUAUAAUGUAAAACGGCACUACGAGACAAAACAUCAGGAUAAGCUAAAAAACCUGAAUGCAGAGCAGAAGAUGCAGAAAGUCGAAGAGUUAAAGAAGAAUAUGAAGAUCCAGCAGAUGUUUUUCACCAGAGCAAAAUCCCAAAGUGAAGCUGCUGUGAAAGCAAGUUUUAUAGUGGCAGAGGAGAUCGCCAAAUCAGGCCGACCAUUUACUGAGGGAGAGUUUCUGAAGAGCUGCAUGAUGAAGGUGUGCGACGUCUUGUGUCCAGACAAAAAGCAGAUGUUCGCAAAUGUAAGCCUGAGUAGAAAUACGGUUGCUGAUUGGGUUUGUGAGAUUGCCACUGAUUUGAGAACACAGUUGAGUGAAAAAAGCAGAGACUUUGUUGCAUACUCUCUUGCUGUGGAUGAAAGCACAGACAUGACGGACACUGCACAGCUGGCGAUCUUCCUCCGUGGAGUGGACUCUAAUUUGCACGUUACAGAAGAAAUAUUGGACAUUAAAUCGAUGCAUGGAACAGCAACGGGAAAAGACAUUUUUGAAAACGUGUGUCAAAGUAUAACCGACAUGAAAUUGCCCUGGGACAAACUUGUUGGACUUACUACGGAUGGAGCACCGGCAAUGUGUGGUGAAAAAAGUGGACUAGUGGGAAGGAUGCGAGUAAAGAUGCAGGAGAACUGUGUUGGUGAGCUAACUGCAUAUCACUGCAUUAUUCACCAAGAAUCGCUGUGUGGUAAAGUCUUAAAAAUGGAGCAUGUGAUGAACACUGUAACGCAGACCAUAAACUUUAUCCGAGCCAAGGGAUUAAAUCACCGGCAAUUUCAAUCUUUUCUGUGCGAAAUAGAUUUGGAUUUUGCCGAGAUUCCUUAUCAUACAGAGGUACGUUGGCUGAGUCGGAGAAAAGUUCUCAACAGAGUUUUCGAGCUCAUUAAAGAAAUCUGUCAGUUCAUGGACAGUAAAGGAAAAGACUCCACAGUUUUGCGGGACGAAAAAUGGAAAUGUGAAUUGGCGUUUCUGGCUGACAUAACAGCUCAUCUCAAUGUCUUAAACCUGCAGCUCCAGGGACGUGACCGCAUGAUCACUGACAUGUAUGAUGCAGUGAAGGCAUUUCAAGUGAAGCUGCUCUUGUGGGAGACACAAAUGCACCAGUGCAACUUGCCUCACUUUCCCCGUUGCCAAGUAAUGAUGAACCACGUCGGCACAGCAGCAUCCCCAAAUGCGCACUUUGCUGAUAAACUGAGUGCACUGCGCACUGAGUUCGCACGGCGCUUUGGUGACUUUGAAGCACAAAAAAAUAACUUCGAGCUGCUUCGCAACCCAUUUGCCGUCGACGUGGAAACUGCACCUGUACAGAUGCAGAUGGAGCUGAUUGAACUGCAGUGUAAUGAGACACUAAAGGUAAAGUAUGACACUGCAGGGCCCGCACAGUUUUUUCGCUCCAUUCCUGAAGCAAUGCCCCAGCUCCGUCGACAUGUGGCUCGAACCUUGUGCAUGUUUGGUAGCACAUAUCUAUGUGAGAAGCUGUUCUCAGUGAUGAAGCUUAACAAAACAGUACACAGAAGUCGUCUCACUGAUGAACACCUGCAGUCCAUCCUGAGAAUCUCUGCAACACAGGACCUCACACCAAACCUGAAUGAAAUUGUUGCCAACAAAAGAUGCCGAGCAUCCAGCUCUGACAAAAUGGCAUAAGCUGAAAAAAAAAAAAAAAAAACUGAAUGAAAACUGAAAAAAAAAUAAACUGAAUGUUUUAAUUUGUUGUUAUUUUAACUUUUGGUGAAAAGCACAAAUUUUAUUUAUAUUUGCAUUUUUUCAUUUUCAUGAAUGCAUUUUGAAUUUGUAUAGUUUUGACAGGAGCAAAGUAUUUUAAGUUAUUAAUGUUUAAGUUUGUUUAUUCUGGAAUAAUAUUCCUGUCUGAUUUUAAUUCAUAUUUGUGUU